UAGAUACUCUUUGAUCAUUAAUUUUGACGUCGAAAAGUGUCGUAGAUUUCACAAUCACAAAUUUCACAAAAAUAAAUAAAAAUAUAAACCUAUUCGCAAAAAAAACAAAUCAAUAAAGUUUUUAAAGUGCGCAUAAAAAUUAACCAUCAUUGCGUCCUUAGACGGCAAUAUGUUAAGGUUCCGCCCCAAGUUGGGUAGUGAACGGAGCAGCGAGUGGAGAUGCUGCUUCUGCCUGCACGUGCGCACCGGCACCAUCCUGCUGGGCUCAUGGCAUCUGAUGCUGCACCUAGUAGCCCUCGGGUUCCUGGCAGCCGUGGUGCGCGACCCGAGGCUGCUGGAGGAGCUGCAGCGCGACGGGGACGUGGGCGCCGCCAUGCCCACGCCGCUGAGCAACGUGGAGCCGCCGCCCAGCGCCUACACGCAGUCUAAUGUGCCGCCGAGAGACCACUCGCUUAUUUACCAUGACGUGGACAUGGGUGCCCUGCUUACAGUGUGCACGCUGGCCAUCACCCUGAUGCUGAUCUACGGCGCGGCGCGCGGCAAGCCGGCCCAUCUGCUGCCCUUCUUCUGUCUGCAGAUCUUCGACUUCGCCAUCACAGUUCUCACCGCCACCGGCUACCUGUGCUACCUGCGCUCCAUCCACCACCUGGUGGAGGAGACCACGAAGCGCGUGCCGUGGCGCGCCGAGCUGCUGCGCCUGCCCGCGCCCGCGCUCGCCAUGGUCGUGCUGUCCGCGUUCAUGGCCGCCGUGCUGCUGAAGGGCUACUGCAUCAGCAUCGUGUGGCGCUGCUACAAGUACCUGACCAUGCGCGUGCACAUGCGCGAGUCACUCACGCCCUUCGUGAUCUCGAGCGAGGGCGUGGUGUCGCGCGCGCCGCCCGCGCCCUCGCCCGCGCCCGACUACUCCACGCUGCUGCCCGACUACGACGAGGCGGUGAAGCAGACCCCCCCGCCGUCUUACCACGCCGCGACGAUGAUGGCUGCUGCUGACCCGAGUGUUACUACUACUGUUGCUGUGAGUUGGCCAUGCAAUUAUUAUAUUUUAGGGUCAUCAUCAUCACGAUUAAUCAUGGAGACAACAGCAUCGGCCCCCGCCUCCGCGCCCGCCCCCGCCCCCGCGCACACCGUGGUCAUGCUGCCGCCAGAGGGCGCCGCGCCCGCGCAGUCUCGCGUCUGA